AAAUAGCUCAGUGUAAAUGAUACUUUUAUGUUUUAAAUGGUUAACCUUGAUUGUUUGGUGUAAGAGGUGUAAGAUAAGAAAAGUAUAUAUAGAUAAAAAUAAAAAUUAUGUAAAAUUAUUAUAAAAAUAUAAAAUACACAGCAGCUAACCUCUAAAGAACCUUUUAAGUCCGCACCUUUGCUAUAUAUAUGUACAUACAAACAUAAUAUUUUUGCUGUCAUUACUAAUCUUGUGUUUGCAAGCAGUUUUUUUUAUUAAUUUCUUAAAUCAAAUUUAAUAACUUGGUCUACACUUUAAAUUAACUCCAAUAAAAACUUAAUUCGCAAGGAAGAACGUGUGAUCGCUUUUCAUUCAAAAGUGUGUUUGAUCAAUUGUUAUAAGGGAAUUUCUUGAUUGCAUUGAAAGCAAUACUUGACGGUUUAUUUAUAACUUCAUCUUAUUAAAAUGUGUUAAGAUAUAAAGACUGAAAUUUUUUUUUAAAUUUCAUGGAGCUAUUUGCCAUCGAAUUUAUUGCAUUUCGGUAUUCCGAAGUGCGGCAAUUGAAAACCCUUAUUGACAAUUGACAAACUGUGUAAUAUACAUAUGGCUAAAGGAAAAUUGCGAAACACAGAUGCUAGCAACAAUAAGAUAUCACCAUCGGCAAACGGUGGACUCAAGGGAUCAGAAAUGUAUACCACCGAAUUCGAAAUUAACGAAACUCCACCAACAGCUCGAACAUUACUUACAAAAGGUUUCAUCCAGGAUGAAAUCAAUGGAUUCUCAGGUGCAACUGUUUCGACGCGUGGUCGCUUCAUGACAGAAUCGGAGAAGCAACGAUGUACGAAUGAGAGGCCGCUUUACUUGUACAUACAGGGACACACUAAACGCAACAUUGACAUGGCUAUACAAAAAAUUAACGAAAUCAUCAAAACUGAACACAGAAGUUCCUUAAACAGACCGAGUAGAUUCACCAAUGCUCCUCCACCACUCAUGAGUUUACAUUCUGGAGUGCCUUCUGUCGAAAAAAUUUGCGUUGGAAUAGAAAAUGCUCCGGAAGGAUUUGGGUUACGGGGGCGUAUUAUUGGAGCUGGGGGAUCAAAUUUACUCUACAUUCGGGGCGAAACUGGAGCUACCGUCACUCUCAGAGGUCGAGGAUCGCAGUUUAUCGAUCCUGCUUUGGGAACAGAAUCACCGGAACCUCUGCAUCUCUACAUCGAACAUCCGAAUCCCCCUGUGCUGCAAAAUGCAAAGCAGUUGGCCAUUAACCUCAUACAAACGAUGCAGUCGGAACUGCAGUCCUACAUACAGCAACAGCCGCCUCCCGUGCAGUCUCAGCAGGUUAUUCCUCAGCCUCAAAUACAACAAAUUCAGCAAGCUCAAUUCCAAACCAUGAAUAUUGGGGCUGUGGGCCAACCCAAUGUCGUCACUAUUCAGCAUCAAGAUAUAAUCCAGCAUCCUCAGAACAGUGUGGUGACUCUGCCAGCCACUAUUCUCACGGCGACUGUGGCCGGCACUCCUGGGCCGGGAAUGCACUCGGGACCCAUGCAGCCCACUGACCACGCUCAGCACGAACUGCAGACGUUUGUCCCUCCGCCAUCGGUGAGCCAGGUGCAACUGAUAGGACCGCCCCCAACCAUAAGUCAAGUGCAGUACCAGAUCCAUCCGGGCCAACCUCUUCAGAUUCAGGGGCUGCCGCCCUGCUCCGAGAGCCCAGCGCAGCCCGUGACCCAAAUGUACGUCAUGAGCCAGCCCCCACCUCACCACAGUCCAAUCCACCAGGGCUUCGUUUCCGCGAGCAGUGGGCCGUCGGCCGCCGUCUCCUACGUCUACACGCAGCCCAGUCUGCAGAGGUCGUCGACUCCCUCGCGCGUCAUCGAGACUGUCAACCUGCAGCAACCGCCGCCGCCUCCGCCACCUCCUGCCAACCACCACCACCACCCUCCUCCUUCGCUGCUCCACCUGCACUUCCCACCGCCCUUCCCCCCGAACCAGCCGCCGCCUCCCAUUCCGCAGACCUACCAGAUCCAGUACCAGCAGGUGCCAGCCGUGUCUCAGGCGCAGACACAGUUCCUGCUGCAGACCGGCGGCGAGCCGGACCAGAACCACAUUCAGUUCGAGGGCCAGGAGGUCGCCUCGUCGUCCGCCCCGCAACCCGUGCCGCCUCCGAGGAUGGUCCCACCGCCGCCCGCCAACAUGCUGACGAGCGUGCCGCCUCCGACGCACGCGCCUCCUCCUCCUCAGGCGCCCUGGCUCUAUCAGGGCCAGCAGAUUCCGGUCGCUCCCUCGCAGCCCCAGCUCCAGAUGCAAAUUCCCGCGCCAAACUUACCUCCGCCAGAGGUUCAAGCGCAGAUGCACUACCACGCGCAGCAGGUGCAGUACCACAAUGGCCAGAUACAGACUCAAGUGCACUAUGCCCUGCAACCGCCGCAUCACAUGGACUCGAAACCCGAAUUGUCCGAUCAGCACAAACUGCAAGGAAUGAAGCGUAGAUUUUCAGACCUUGAAGGAGUCGAGGAGUCGCCGAUCCAUCCAGGCAUGCGACCUCCCUCGCAGCGUCACGGCAUGGGAGAAGAAGACCGCCAUCGGGCAGCACUUCGCGCUCCGGCUGCAGCUGCUCUGGGUCCUUCCUCCCACGAUCGAGUCAAGCCGCACAUGCCGCCCACACAUCCAGGUGAUAAGCGCAAUGGUGAUCAGUCCGUGGGUGCCAUUACUUCAGAAGGCCAAGAAAGUGUAUCGAAUCUAGAUCCUGGAAGUUCGUCGAGCCAUGGGCCCAUUUCUCUUCCGCUUCCCGUUCCUCAAGGCCCUUGGCCAGGGCACUUUGCCAGGAUACCUUACGCUCGGCCGCCGGCGCCUAGGGAGGAGCACCAUCCUCACUAUCGAGCUCCUCCGCCUGUAAAUCUUCCUCCUCCGAGGCUCAGAAUGAUUCGAGGUCCCAGCGAUGACAGUCAGGCCGUUUGUCAGAUUGGAAUCGGAGACCAACGCAUCGAGUACGAAGCGCUUCAAUCAUACUCGGGGAAGGCGCAUCCGAGCAAUCCACUUCCGCUGAUGCAUUCCAUAUGCGACCCGCCGCCGCCUCCUCCUCCGCCGCCCCCCGCAACGCCAUCGGCCCAGAUGCGCCCACAGCAUCACCUGAUGCAGAGCGCUCAUCACUUUCAGCAGCCGCCCGUCUCGCACGCAUUGCAACCUCCGGCGGGUUGUCCGCCCUGGAUGAACUGAACCAACUGAACAAAACUGAUACUUAUUCGACUAUCUACAUAAUUAUAAUAGUACCAAACCAUUGUCUUUUCUCACUGUUAUUGUGCAACUAGCUAAAGGUCAGAGCUGCGGGUAGAAAAUUGUCAAAUCUCUAAUCUCUCUUCACGUAUAAAUAGACUCAAUUGUCUUUGGAAAAUGCUCGCGCUGUUCUUCACCUAUAGUGUUUUUCUGAAAAUGCGAUUCUGUUGCUCCAACCAACAAAUUCAAUGUACAAUGUAAAUACUUGAAAUCUAUUUUUUGAGAAUUCUUACAUAGUUGGAAAUAGUUUAUUAUUAUUUACGGUUUCUUUGUAAUUUAAGAGUUCCCAAAACGUAAUUACUACUUAAUGCAUUUUUUAUGAUUGGAGAUGUGUAGUUUUGGGAUGUGUGUAUGCGCCGUGAAUGACAAUUGGAAAAUGUAGAUAUAUGCGUACAUUAUAAUGGUAAUAAUAAAUCUGUUGUCAUUUGUUAAA